AUGGAUUCCUUGGAAGAUAAGAUGAUGAAAAUAAAAUUCCUGAAAGAUGACUGUGUAACCCAUGAGUCUUGUUUUCUUUCUUCCUUCCAGACAAUCAAAUUUUUGAAUGAUAAUAUAAGAAGAGGAAUUGAGAAUUACUAUGAUGAUUUAGACUUCAAGAACAUAAUGGAUUCUGUUCAAAAGCAGUUUAAGUGCUGUGGUGGGGAAGAUUACAAAGAUUGGUCACAAAACGUGUAUCACAACUGCGCGGCGCCGGGACCGCUGGCCUGCGGGGUGCCUUACACUUGCUGUGUCACAAAUAAGACAGCCCUUAUCAACACUAUGUGCGGAUACAAAACCAUUGACAAAGAGCGCUUGAGUGUUCAGCAUGUUAUAUAUGUUCGUGGAUGCACGAAUGCCGUGCUUAUUUGGUUUUUGGACAACUACAGCAUCAUGGCGGGCGUGCUGCUCGGCAUAUUGCUACCCCAGUUCCUGGGCGUGUUGCUAUCCUUGCUUUACAUAACUCGGGUGGAAGAUAUCAUCACAGAGCACAAGCUGAGUGAACGACUGUUUGAAGAAGGGGGGCAGAGAUCUGCCUCUGAGUUUGCUGAAGCUGGCUGCUGCAUGUGCUACCCAGGGUGA